ACCACCACCACCGGCACUACUUUUCCUCGGCCUCUGAGCGCCUCUUUCGGGCGACGCCCCACGUUCACUCUACAUCGCUUUUCCUUCUGCGCUUCCGCCAAUGUCCUAUGUCGAGACGUCGAGCUCGCCGGGGAGCAUGUCCUCCCGGCGGGUCACCAACCGCAACACCAAUCGCUACAGCGUCACGGCGCUCUUCAGCAUGGCUGCCGAGCAGGACGUCGAAGUGGAGGACGAACUCGCGCGGGCGCAAAAGCGACUGAGGGAUCUGAAGGCCCGUAUCUCUGCCCAGUCGAAGAAGAACUUCGUCCUCGAGCGCGAUGUUCGCUAUCUCGACUCGCGCAUCGCCUUGUUGAUCGCGAACAGAAUGGCGCUGGAUGAGCAAAAUGAAGUCGAGAAACACUUCGAGGAAGUCGACCCUACGGAGGGCCACUACCCGGACGACCGCAAGAUGCAGCAAUACUCCAACCUCUUCUUCCUCCUCCAGUCCGAGCCGCGCCACAUCGCCGCCCUCUGCCGGCUCGUGAGCCUGUCCGAGAUCGACACCCUGCUCCAGACGGUCAUGUUCACCCUGUAUGGAAACCAGUACGAGAGCCGGGAGGAGCACCUGCUCCUCACCAUGUUCCAGUCCGUGCUCUCCGCCCAGUUCGAGACCGCGACCGAGUUCGGGUCUUUGCUUCGUGCCAACACGCCCGUGUCCCGGAUGAUGACGACCUACACCCGCCGAGGACCGGGUCAGAGCUACCUCAAGAGCGUCCUCGCGGAGCGGAUCAACAGCCUCAUCGAACACAAGGACCUCAACCUCGAGAUCAACCCCGUCAAGGUGUACGAGCAGAUGAUCAACCAGAUCGAGGAAGAGACCGGCUCUUUGCCGCCGACGCUCCCGCGCGGCGUCCCGCCGGAAGUCGCCUCCGCCAACAGCGACGUGCAGGGCAUCAUCGCACCGCGCCUCACGGUGCUCAUGGAGAUCGCGAACAGCUUCCUCGCCACGAUCAUCGACACCAUGGAGAGCGUGCCGUACGGUAUCCGCUGGAUCUGCAAGCAGAUCCGGAGCUUGACGCGGAGGAAAUACCCGGAGGCGACGGACCACGCGAUAUGCUCGUUGAUCGGCGGCUUCUUCUUCCUCCGGUUCAUCAAUCCGGCGAUCGUCACGCCCCAAGCAUACAUGCUGGUCGAAGGCGUACCCUCGAAACAUCCCCGGCGAACACUGACCUUGAUCGCAAAGAUGCUGCAGAACCUCGCCAACAAGCCGUCGUACGCGAAGGAGCAGUACAUGAUGGCCUUGCAUCCGUUCGUCGACAACAACAAGGCGCGAAUCAACCAGUUCCUGAACAACCUUUGCGAAGUCGGCGACUUCUAUGAAACUCUCGAGAUGGACCAAUACAUGGCGCUCUCGAAGAAAGAUUUGAUGAUCCACAUUACGAUGAACGAGCUGUACAACACACAUUCAUUGAUUGUAGCCCAUAUUGACACACUCUCCCCUAACGACAAGCAACACCUCCGCAUCCUCGUCGACGAGCUCGGCCCGGCGCCCUCGCAGGUUCCGCGGAAGGAGAACCGGACGAUCGAGCUGCAGCUGUACAGCCGGUGGGAGACGCCGAUCCAGGACAUCCAGAGCGCGCUCAUGGACUCGGUCUCGUCGAGCGACAUGCUCUACAUGGAGACCAAAUCCAUCUUCGUGCAGCUCAUCCGGUCCCUGCCCCAGGCCGCGGGCCGGCCGCCGUACAACCUGCCCGUGAUCGCCGAGCGCGCGGCGACGACGAAGGACGCGACGCUCGUGAGGAAGGGGAUCAAGGUGAAGGAGAUGCUGCGCGAGCUCGAGGAGACCAAGGUCGUCGACCGCGCGGACGGGUACCGGCUCAUGCAGGAGGAGGUCGCGGCCGAGCUCGUGCACCUGGGUAAUCUGAGGGAGAAGGUCGUGGAGGAGACGCGGAGCCUCGAGGCGGUGUACAAGACGAUCUGCGACCAUAACAACUACCUCCGGUCCCAGCUCGAGCAGUACAAGGCGUACCUGCAGAACGUGAGGUUGAACGCGAACAAGGAGAAGGGCGGGAACGCGGGUGUGGGCGUCGUCGCCGUCGGCGGGAAGGAGAAGAAGCCGGCGAAGGUGGUCGUGCUGGGCCCGUACCGAUUCACGCACGCGCAGCUAGAGAAGGAGGGUAUCAUCGUGGAGAGCAACGUUCCAGAUAAUCGGCGACCGAACAUCUACUUCAAUAUCACGUCGCCGACACCAGGGACGUACAUCAUCGCCCUGCACUACAAGGGGCGGGAGAAGGCGAUCUUGGAGAUGGACCUGAAAAUCGACGAUCUCCUGGAGAAGCAAAAAGACAACAAGCAUCUCUUGGACCUCGAGUACGUCCAGCUCAACGUGCCGAAGGUGCUCCAGCUGCUGCAAAAGAUCUUCGCCAAGCGAUGAUCUGGUCGCUCGUGCUUCCUCCGCUCCGUCUCCCGCUUCGUUGAGUUAUUCUUCGGUCUAUGUCCUCUUCGCUACCUUCGCACGCUAUUUCAUCCGAGGACACAACGUUGAUGAUAAUACCUUUCCCUGUCGAUACCUCUCUCACACUCGUUUCGUCUUGUCUUUCCGUCCUUCUAUCUCGUUUCAUCUUUCCCUCCGACGGAUUCGUGGGGCUGUUCGAUGGUAGUUGACUCGGGCGCGCUCAUGGGCGGUUGGUAGAUUAUGAACUCCUUUCUCUCUUUCUCGCCCCGCGGUGUAUAUUUAUGUAUAGUCCUUUGUGCUCUAUCAGGAGAGGAAUGGUCAUGUUGUUUUUCCG